CCUCUCCUCCAGCCGAGACUGCGGUUGUCAGUGAUCCAUUGAAGAAACAGGACCUGAAAUAAGAGACAUUAGCAAUGAUGUGUGAAGUGAUGCCCACGAUUAAUGAGGACACCCCAAUGAGCCAACGGGGGUCCCAAAGCAGUGGCUCCGACUCGGACUCCCACUUUGAGCAACUGAUGGUCAAUAUGCUGGAUGAAAGGGAUCGUCUACUAGAUACACUUCGAGAGACCCAGGAAAGCCUCUCCCUUGCCCAGCAAAGACUCCAGGAUGUCAUCUAUGACAGAGACUCACUCCAGAGACAGCUCAAUUCAGGCCUACCUCAGGACAUCGAAUCCCUAACAGGAGGACUGACUGGUUCUAAGGGGGCAGAUCCACCGGAAUUUGCUGCACUGACUAAAGAACUUAAUGCUUGCCGGGAACAACUUCUAGAAAAGGAAGAAGAGAUCUCGGAGCUGAAAGCUGAAAGAAAUAACACAAGGCUGUUAUUGGAGCACUUGGAGUGUCUUGUGUCACGUCAUGAAAGGUCACUAAGAAUGACGGUGGUGAAGCGACAAGCCCAGUCUCCCUCAGGAGUGUCCAGUGAAGUUGAGGUCCUCAAGGCACUGAAAUCUUUGUUUGAGCACCACAAGGCCUUGGAUGAAAAGGUAAGGGAGCGACUGAGGGUUUCUUUAGAGAGAGUCUCUGCACUGGAAGAGGAACUAGCUUCAGCUAAUCAGGAGAUUGUUGCCUUGCGUGAACAAAAUGUUCAUAUUCAAAGAAAAAUGGCAUCAAGUGAGGGAUCCACAGAAUCAGAACAUCUUGAAGGGAUGGAACCUGGUCAGAAAGUUCAUGAAAAGCGUCUAUCCAAUGGCUCCAUAGACUCCACGGAUGACACCAGCCAGAUAGUCGAGCUACAAGAAUUGCUUGAAAAGCAAAACUAUGAAAUGGCCCAAAUGAAAGAGCGCUUGACAGCUCUUUCUUCCCGAGUGGGAGAAGCCGAGCAGGAGGCAGAGACAGCAAGAAAGGACCUCAUAAAAACAGAAGAAAUGAACACAAAAUAUCAAAGGGACAUCCGGGAGGCAAUGGCUCAGAAGGAAGACAUGGAAGAAAGAAUCACAACGCUGGAGAAACGUUACCUCAGUGCUCAGAGAGAAUCUACCUCCAUUCAUGACAUGAAUGAUAAACUAGAAAACGAAUUGGCAAACAAGGAAGCCAUCUUACGGCAGAUGGAAGAGAAGAAUAGACAAUUACAAGAGCGUCUUGAACUGGCUGAGCAAAAGUUACAGCAGACCAUGAGAAAGGCUGAAACCCUGCCUGAAGUAGAGGCUGAACUGGCUCAGAGAAUUGCAGCCCUAACAAAGUCUGAUCCAACCUCUUCUACCUCAUCUGAUGAUUAUCAAUAUGUUAUGGAAGCUAAACUACAAGAAAUGAUCUCCAUACGUAGGAAGGCUGAAGAGAGGCAUGGAAAUAUUGAGGAGCGUAUGAGACAUCUAGAGGGCCAACUGGAAGAGAAGAAUCAGGAACUUCAAAGAGCUAGGCAAAGAGAGAAAAUGAAUGAGGAACAUAAUAAAAGAUUAUCCGAUACUGUGGACAGGCUUCUGACAGAAUCCAAUGAGCGCCUACAGCUUCACUUGAAGGAAAGGAUGGCCGCUUUGGAAGAGAAGAACGUUUUGAUUCAAGAAUCAGAGACCUUCAGAAAAAAUCUUGAAGAAUCUUUACAUGACAAGGAAAGAUUGGCAGAAGAAAUUGAGAAGUUAAGAUCUGAACUUGACCAAAUGAAAGUGAGAACUGGCUCUCUAAUUGAACCCACUAUAUCGAGGACUCAUCUAGACACAUCAGCUGAGAUGCGGUAUUCAGUGGGGUCCCUUGUGGACAGCCAGUCUGACUAUAGAACCACUAAAGUAAUCCGGAGGCCCAGGAGAGGCCGCAUGGGUGUGCGAAGAGAUGAGCCAAAGGUGAAAUCUCUUGGGGAUCAUGAAUGGAACAGAACUCAGCAAAUUGGAGUCCUAGGCAGCCACCCAUUUGAAAGUGACACCGAAAUGUCUGAUAUUGAUGAUGAUGAUAGAGAAACAAUUUUUAGCUCAAUGGAUCUUCUCUCUCCAAGUGGUCAUUCUGAUGCCCAGACCCUAGCUAUGAUGCUGCAAGAACAACUGGAUGCAAUCAACAAAGAAAUAAGGCUAAUUCAAGAAGAAAAGGAAUCUACAGAACUGCGAGCAGAAGAGAUUGAGAACAGAGUGGCUAGUGUAAGCUUGGAAGGCCUGAAUUUGGCAAGGGUCCACCCAGGCACGUCCAUCACUGCGUCUGUUACAGCUUCAUCACUCGCCAGUUCAUCUCCCCCGAGUGGGCACUCUACACCAAAGCUCACACCAAGAAGUCCGGCCCGGGAAAUGGACCGCAUGGGAGUCAUGACCCUGCCAAGUGAUCUAAGGAAACAUCGGAGAAAGAUUGCAGUGGUGGAAGAAGAUGGACGGGAAGAUAAAGCAACAAUUAAAUGUGAAACAUCUCCUCCUCCAACACCCAGAGCCGUCAGAAUGACACACACGCUCCCUUCUUCCUACCACAAUGAUGCCCGGAGCAGUUUGUCUGCCUCUCUUGAGCCAGAAAGCCUUGGGCUUGGCAGUGCCAAUAGCAGCCAAGACUCUCUUCACAAAGCCCCCAAAAAGAAAGGAAUCAAGUCUUCAAUAGGGCGCUUGUUUGGUAAAAAAGAAAAGGCUCGACUUGGGCAACUUCGAGGCUUCAUGGAGACCGAGGCUGCAGCACAGGAAUCCCUGGGCUUGGGCAAACUCGGAACUCAAGCUGAGAAGGACAGAAGACUGAAGAAAAAGCAUGAACUCCUUGAAGAAGCUCGUAGAAAAGGAUUACCUUUUGCCCAGUGGGAUGGACCCACGGUGGUCGCCUGGCUAGAGCUCUGGUUGGGAAUGCCUGCUUGGUAUGUGGCGGCAUGCAGAGCCAAUGUGAAAAGUGGUGCCAUCAUGUCUGCACUGUCGGACACUGAAAUCCAAAGGGAGAUUGGAAUCAGCAACCCCCUGCAUCGCUUGAAGCUCAGACUGGCCAUCCAGGAGAUGGUUUCCCUCACGAGUCCUUCAGCUCCUCCGACAUCACGCACUCCUUCAGGCAAUGUCUGGGUGACCCACGAAGAAAUGGAAAAUCUUGCAGCUCCAGCAAAAACGAAAGAAUCUGAGGAAGGAAGCUGGGCCCAGACCCUGGCUUAUGGAGAUAUGAACCACGAGUGGAUUGGAAACGAAUGGCUUCCCAGCCUGGGGUUGCCUCAGUACAGAAGUUACUUUAUGGAAUGCUUGGUUGAUGCACGAAUGUUAGACCACCUUACUAAGAAAGAUCUUCGUGUCCAUUUAAAAAUGGUGGAUAGUUUCCAUCGAACAAGUUUACAAUAUGGAAUUAUGUGCUUGAAAAGAUUGAAUUAUGAUAGAAAAGAACUAGAGAGAAGACGAGAAGCAAGCCAACAUGAAAUAAAAGAUGUCUUAGUGUGGAGCAAUGAUCGUGUUAUCCGCUGGAUACAAGCGAUUGGACUUCGAGAAUAUGCAAAUAACAUUCUUGAGAGCGGCGUGCACGGCUCGCUCAUAGCCCUGGAUGAGAACUUUGACUACAGCAGCCUGGCUUUGUUGUUGCAGAUUCCAACGCAGAACACACAGGCAAGGCAGAUUCUUGAACGCGAGUACAAUAACCUUUUGGCUCUGGGAACUGAGCGACGACUGGAUGAAAACGAUGACAAGAAUUUCCGACGUGGAUCCACCUGGCGACGGCAGUUCCCGCCGCGUGAGGUCCACGGAAUCAGCAUGAUGCCUGGGUCUUCAGAGACAUUACCAGCUGGAUUCAGGUUAACCACAACGUCUGGGCAGUCAAGAAAAGUGACGGCGGAUGUUGCUUCUUCAAGGCUGCAGAGGUUAGACAACUCCACUGUUCGCACAUACUCAUGUUGACAAGCCACUCAAAGGAGGCAGCACUGACUGACCUGCUGUGAGUAGUUUCUCUUGGCUGAC